UUUUCGAAUUUUAUUUUCUUUCGGAAUUUUUUUUUUAAUAUUUGGAUUUUAUUAAUUACAAACAAACAAAGAAAAAAUGCUUACCGAAAAUGAUAUUCAACAACAAUAUCCAUUACAUUGUUUAGUUUGGAAAAAUUCCGUUGAAGAAUUGAAAAAUUAUCUUUCAUUACAUUCCAAGGACGUAAAUCUUGAACAAAAAGAUAAUCGUCAACGAACACCAUUAAUGUUGGCCACAGCAUUAGAUCAUAAAGAAUGUAUACGUAUUUUAUUGGAUCAUAAUGCAUUGGUUAAUGUAACGGAUUAUAGUGGUUUUAAUGUUCUACAUGAAGCAGUUACAACUGCUGAUCCAAAACUAAUACGUGAUGUUUAUCUUCGAAAAGAAUUGCAACGUAUAAAUUCAUUAUUAAUUGAUGGUAUUCCACAAUUAUUAUCCAAAAUAUGUGAUACAACAGAUUUUUAUCUAGAAAUGAAAUGGGAAUUUACAUCAUGGUUUCCAUUAAUAUCAAAAUUAUGUCCAAGUGAUACAUAUCGUAUUUAUAAACGUGGUUCAAAAGUUCGUGUUGAUUCUACAUUAAUCGGUAUUGAUGAAGUUACAAAUGAAGCUAUUAUUGAUUGGCAACGUGGUAAUACUUCAUUGAUUUUAUCUGGUUCGGAAAAUGGUUGUACAUUUAUUGAAAUUGAUCAUAAUAAACGAACAGUACAAAAACGUACAAUGGAAAUUAUACGACCAGAUGAAGUGGAUGAUUUAUUAGGCAUAACGGAUGAUCAAAUUGUUGAUCGUUUAACACAACCAAUCAAAACAAUGUAUAUUGAUACAGAAAAGGUGAAUUUUGAACGAGCAAAAUCCGGUUUUAUUGGAUUUCGUACUGAUCGUAUUGAACAAUUUAAUGGUUAUGAAUGUAAAGUUUAUUUGGCACAAAAUGUUGAAUUUAUAACUAAAACACGGAUUGAACAUUUGACGCAAGAAGAUAAAAAACGUUAUAAAAAAUUAAAAGAUUCAUCAUCACUGACAUCGAUACGAUCGAUUGUCGGUAUACAUGAACAAAAUAUUUUGAAUCCAUUUGAAAAUGAUUUGGAAUAUAAUUCUAAUCCUGAAUUACGACGAAAUCCAUAUCGUUUAUCGAUGGUUGAUUAUUUUAAUCUUCAAAAUAAUCAAGAUGAUCAAGAUCAACGUGAUAUUGGAUCGCCAAGAGAAAUGAAUAUAAAAAAACAAUAUUUCAAAGCAAAUAUUUGGAUGUCGGAUGAUUUUCCAUUAUCAUUAAAAGAACAAAUAUUACCGAUUGUUGAUAUGGUUGCUACAUAUAGUUCACAUUUUGCAAAAUUACGUGAUUUUAUUCAUUGUAAAUUACCUACAGGAUUUCCAGUUAAAAUUGAAAUUCCAUUAUUUCAUCUACUAAAUGCAGUAAUAACAUUUGGAAAUGUAUUUGCACAAGAUCAACCUGUUGAUGGUGUACAUAUUAUCAAUUUGAACAUCGAUAAUAAUGAUGGUAAUCAAAGUGUUAAUCGUAAAUGUACAGUAGAUGAAAAAUGUUUUGAACCACCUGAAGAUUAUGAAAUUUUGGCAACGAAUGAUGAUGGUAAUGGUGGUGUUAAAAAUAAUAAACUUUUAGAUUUAAAGAAAAAAACCGAUCAUCAAGAAAAGGAUAGGAAAAAAUCAAACAAAAUUGAACCAGAAUUAUCAAUUAUGGAAGCAUUAAAUUAUGAUUCGGAAAAAGAUUUACAAAAAGCCAUACAAUUAAGCUUGAUGGAAUAUAAUCAGAAAAAAGAUCAUUGUCCACCAGAAACAUCAUCAACAGCAGCAGCAGCAGCAGCUGUAAAUCAAACUUAUGCAAAUGGAUCGAUUGUUAAAUCAAAGAAAAAAUUGACAAGUAAAAAGCUGAUUGAUCAGUCGGAUAAUCUACCUAUGAUUGAUGCCGAUGAUGAUAAACCUGAGGAUCAAUGUUCAUUGAAAUCAUCAACAUCUUCAUCAUCAUAUCAAAGCUGUGAUAAUUCUAAUAAUAAUGAUGUUUCUGCCACCAAUAACGAUCAUCAUCAUGAUGGUGAUGGUUGUAAUUCAAAUUCAAAUGAUGAAAAUGAAGAAGAACGUCUAAUACGUUUAACAAUGGAACAAUCAAAACGUGAUCAUGAUGAAUAUGAACGUCGUCGUCAAUUGGAAGAGGAUGAAAUUUUUAAUCAAAUUUUAAAAUUAUCAUUAGUGGAAAAGUGAAAAUUAUAAAUUACAAAAAAAAAUCUUGCAAAAAUUACAAAAUCUUUUUUCGUUUUUAG